AUGAGUUUAACAUACGAAUCACCAACUCGAGCUAAUGGGCAAAACGAUGCGUACUUUACCCCUAUGAAUACGCCCAAUAUUAUGAACAAUGCACAGGUCAAUAAUACAAAUGCAACACCUGCAACUGCAACGUCUGCAAACGAACCAAUUUUAAAUAACAGUGGCAAUAACAAUUAUAAUAAUACAGUAGGCAGUGGUAAUUCUUCAGUCAAUACACCGUAUUUCACCGCACCUUUAAACCCUGCCCUUCAUCAAGAGUUCUUGAAUGCUAUACAUGCUCGCCAUGCUAGUCAACCCACUGUACUUACAAGUCCACCUAUUUCCUCACCCAAUGCCAAUCCUGUACAUACUCCACCAUUGGCUAGCAGUAGUGGUGGGCCUGGCGGUUUCAACUUAACUUUAAGCGUUCUGGCCAAUGGAAGACAGAACUCUCCCUCUACAAUUGACGAACAACAGCAUCUGCAACAACAGCGUCAACGUCUACAACAAGCACAAGCACUAUCUUCCUCUAUUCUCUUACCUAUUGAUCCACAAGAAUUAAAUCAGAUGUUAAAUAGAUAUAACGAUGCUUCUUCACUAACGACCACACUACUCGUAUUGGAUGUACGCUCUUUUGUUCAGUAUUCACAUUCUAGAAUUCGAGGAUCGAUCAACGUGUCUAUACCUAACACCAUUUUGAAAAGACCUACAUUCACGUUGGAUAAAGUGUAUGAAGCUAUUGUUUUGGAUAAUGCUCGUGAAAGAUUAAGGUCCUGGAACGCAACUGAGUAUAUAGUAUUUUAUGAUCAACAGUCGCAAAUUCUGCUCGAAAAUAGUGCAGCUGCUUAUCUCGGUAAUAAAUUGACGCGUGCAGGAUUCAAUGGACAGUUAUUCUAUCUAAAAGGCGGCUUCGAUACAUUCUCAACAAUGUUCAAAGAAAGUUGCGAAUCAAAUGCUACCUCCUUUUCUAAUGGCAACGGUACUGCUAGCGCUACUAGUCAUUUUGGUCCACCCACUAUUGGCGGCGACAGUUUCUCAUUGAAGUUACCCGCUUCUAAUGGCACUCGACCUAAACUACGUCUCAAUAAUAUGCCUUUGGCUCCUACAUUAGGGCCAUUCACAGCACCUAUGCCACAAUUUGAAAAUCAAGCUUUCAAUCCGUUCUUUUCAAAUAUCCGUCAAAAUAUGGAGUUAUCACAUGGCCCCAUUCGCGAAAGAUUUCCUGUUCGAUUACCGCCCAAGUGUUACAUAGUUGAAAAUUCGGACCGUUAUGUUCAGAUCACCAAAGAUAUAGUACCGCGUCGCUUUUCUUCAAUAGCAGAAGAAAAAGAGGGUGGAAGUCGCGCGGAGAAGCAUGACGGCAUGGACGACAAGGACCUAAUCUUGUUUAAACCUCCAAAAUGGCUGUUUUCUAUCAUAGGUGAAGAAGGUACACAACUUUUAGCUCAAACUUAUGAGCGGUUGGAAAGAACUGAACAAAGAAGACUGCAGAAUAUUAUGCAUUUCCAUUCUAAGCAUACAGAUAACCCUGCUGAAUAUCCGUUUAGCAUUGUAGCAGGCUUAGAGAUGGGUGCCUUGAAUCGAUAUACGAAUAUCUGGCCUUUUGCAGAAUAUACACGAGUUAAAAUACGUAAACCAAACAACGGCUCAUCUGAUUAUAUUAAUGCCAGCUAUGUCCAGUAUAUUGAUACUGAUGACUGUGUUAGUGAUGCAAGACCGGAACUAAUCAAUACCCAAGCCGUCAAUAUCAUGAAAAAACAUGCCGGCAAUCAAGAUAGCCCACAGCAGCAGCCUUAUAGUCGAUAUAUCUCCACGCAGGGGCCGUUACCGACUACAUUCAAUGACUUUUGGCAAGUGGUUUGGGAACAAAAUUCCCGUGUAUUGGUCAUGCUAACAAAGGAAGAAGAAAUGAACAAGAUCAAAUGCCAUCGGUAUUGGCCAUCUCAAAUAGAUGUCCCUACACAGUAUGGAAACCUCACCAUAACAUUAGUCAAGGAAAAUUCAUAUCAAGUACAGCGAUUAGAUACGGAUGAUCACAUCAACGAGGACGAUGUCGUAAUAGUUCGACAUCUAACUAUUUCCAAGGGCGAGGAUAAUAGAGAAAUCACACAUCUACAAUACACAGGAUGGAUGGAUUUUGGAGUGCCCGACAACCCAUUGGGUACACUUCAGCUCAUUCAAAUGGCCGAUAAAGUUCAAGCAGAUUACUCCCAUGAGAUACAACCAAGAUCCAUUGGACCAAUGAUAGUCCAUUGCUCGGCUGGUUGUGGUAGAUCAGGAGCCUUCUGUGCGAUAGAUACCGUGAUAUAUCGUCUAUCAACUACUGCUUAUAAGGAGUCAGUUGAUGAUACUACAGACAUCCUAUUACAAACCAUCUCAAGGUUCAGAGAACAAAGAUUGAGUAUGGUGCAAACCUUAAGACAGUUUGUAUUUUGUUAUGAAGCUAUUUGGUGGUGGAUUCUUGGUUAUGGUUCACAUAACGACAGAAGAAGAAUAGUAUCGUCGUCAUCACCUCAACCACAACAGCAAGAGCCUCUCAAAGAAGCCACAGAAAAUAUGGAUACCUCGCUAUGA